AGGCGGCCACGAGCCCAGCUUAAACCUCCCCAAUGGCUAACGAAGCCCACCCUUGUCCCUGUGACAUUGGCCAUAAGAUGGAGUAUGGAGGGAUGGGCCGUGAAGUUCAAGUGGAGCACAUCAAGGCUUAUGUCACCAGAUCCCCUGUUGACGCUGGCAAAGCCGUGAUUGUCAUUCAAGAUAUAUUUGGCUGGCAGUUGCCCAACACCAGAUACAUGGCGGACAUGAUUUCAGGAAAUGGAUACACGACCAUCGUUCCGGACUUCUUUGUAGGGCAAGAGCCAUGGAACCCCUCUGGGGACUGGUCCACCUUUCCAGAGUGGUUGAAAACAAGAAAUGCCAGAAAGAUCGAUAAAGAGGUUGAUGCCGUCUUGAGGUAUCUGAAACAACAGUGUCACGCCCAGAAAAUUGGUGUCGUGGGAUUCUGCUGGGGAGGAGUUGCUGUCCAUCAUGUGAUGAUGAAAUACCCAGAAUUCAGGGCAGGGGUGUCCGUCUACGGCAUCAUCAAGGAUUCUGAAGACGUGCACAGUUUGAAGAACCCCACGUUGUUCAUUUUUGCAGAAAACGAUGCUGUGAUCCCUCUUGAACAAGUCUCCUUGCUGACCCAGAAGUUGAAAGAACACUGCAAAGUGGAAUACCAAAUUAAAACCUUCUCCGGGCAAACUCAUGGGUUUGUGCAUCGAAAGAGAGAAGAUUGUUCACCUGAAGACAAGCCCUAUAUUGACGAGGCAAGAAGGAAUUUACUCGAAUGGCUAAACAAGUACAUUUAGCAGUGGCCAGUGCCAACUUUUCUCAAGAUAGGUUUUGUCCAGAAAUUGGCUUUGAAAUACUUAGAUCUUUUGAUUUAAUUUCCAUUUUGUAUAAAUCAAGGAAUCCUGAAAUUCAUUAUUUCAUCUGAAACAUAGAUUCAGUAGGAAAUGUUAAUGUAUUAGAUAAUUUACUUUUUAAUAUGUACCUAAAUAAAAAUUUAAAAAAUAGGUUAGUACCUGAAGACUUGAUGGAGUAAUAUCCUAACAGUAAAAACCUGGGGUUAUUCUGGACCAGCUGAUGUCUCAGGUGUGGCCUUUCUGGUCUUUAAUGGAGGACAUCUUUUAAAAUGACUAAUGUUGCAAAGCCAUGAACACAUGAAUUGUAAACUUAGGUAGAUUAAAAGCCCAAUUUAAUUAGACUGAUAUCUUUGUCUUAAUGCAAAUGAAUUUCAUGUUCACAUAUUGCACUGAGAGAGAGAUUAAAAUAGGGGGUCCAUGGGCCUAAAUUAUAUCAAGCUAAUAAACUUUCUGAGUUUUUGAA